ACAUUUUUACUUUCAUCUUAAAAAGAAUGAAACCACUUGUGUUGACUCUUUGGGAAGAUUUAGCAAUGAAUCCAGGCCGGGAUAUAACAUCCCUUUUAGAGAGUGGGCGACACCCAAUAAUUUUGCGUAAAAGGGUGACCGUUACUCCCUUCAAUGGUGUGUCACUCUCCACAAGAUAUGAUUCCGUAUUUGAAGUUAAUCUUUAAGAUCCAACUUGAGACCGGUUGAGAAAAUGAUGGCAAAAAACAACCCUUUCAACCUGCGAUAUGUUCUAGAAAAGGAAAAAUUAUCUGGAACUAACUUUCUUGAUUGGGAGAUGAAUCUUAAGAUUGUUCUCGAAUGCGAGAAAAAGCUCUACGUCUUAACAUCUGAGCCUCCCAAAGCUUCUGAAGCGAAUGCCCGUGCUGCUGAAAUUACUUCUUACCGAAAGUAUGAAGAUGACGCACGUGAUGUGAGAUGUCUCAUGUUAGCCAGCAUGACCCCGGAGCUCCAAAGGCUCCACAAGGACAUGGAAGCUCAUCCUAUGCUGACUCGCUUGAAAGGUCUAUACCAAGGCCAGGCUAGACAUGAGCGUUUCAAAAUCUCUACGACUCUGUUUUCCAGUAAGCUGGCAACGGGUAACCCAGUUGGUCCCCACGUUCUCAAGAUGAUCGGUCAGAUCGAAACUCUUGAAAAACUGGACGCCCCGUUGCACCCUAUGCUGGCAACUGAUCUCAUCUUGGGAUCAUUACCAGCUGAGUAUAGUCAAACUGUAGUGAACUUCUACAUGAACAAACUAGAGAUGACUAUGCCUGAGCUACUGAAAUUCCNUUGAAAGGUCUAUACCAAGGCCAGGCUAGACAUGAGCGUUUCAAAAUCUCUACGACUCUGUUUUCCAGUAAGCUGGCAACGGGUAACCCAGUUGGUCCCCACGUUCUCAAGAUGAUCGGUCAGAUCGAAACUCUUGAAAAACUGGACGCCCCGUUGCACCCUAUGCUGGCAACUGAUCUCAUCUUGGGAUCAUUACCAGCUGAGUAUAGUCAAACUGUAGUGAACUUCUACAUGAACAAACUAGAGAUGACUAUGCCUGAGCUACUGAAAUUCCUCACAACUACUAAGGAGAGUCUAGGGAAGGGCAAGGGUAAGUCUGUCCUGAUGGUAGAGGGCAGUACUGUUGCGAAGAAGAGUGGGCCACGUUCGCCGGCGGGGACCAAGCGCAAGGGUUCUAAGAAACCAAAGCCAGCGUCCAACUCCUCUUCGUUGAAACCCAUAGAAAGAGCUAAGAAGAAGUCUGCUGUAUGCUAUUAUUGUGGCAAAAGGGUCCACUGGAGGCGCAACUGCACAAAAUUACUGGCAGAGAGGAAAGAGGGAAAGAAACCUCAAACCUCAGGUAUCUUCGUUAUUGAAGUCAAUAUGUCUGAUAUCACCUCUUGGGUGAUGGAUACUGGAU